ACACCACGGCGCACCGCCCCCCGACCCCGAGUACCAGGCCCGAUAUAUCGCCGCCUCCCCGCAGCCUCCCGUCUGCUCGCGAAAGCGCUUUGUGGAGACGACGACGAAGCGAGAAGACGAGGCGCCGCUGCUAGGACCGAGCUUCAGGAGGCCGCCCCGCCCCGACCCACCGCAGGGGUUGAUUGUGAUCUAGAUCUAGCCUCUAGUGGUCGGUAGCUGAGGGCGAUUCGACGAUGAGCGUGGUGGGCUUCGACCUUGGCAAUGAGAGCUGCAUCGUGGCCGUCGCGCGGCAGCGCGGCAUCGAUGUGGUCCUCAACGAGGAGUCCAAGCGGGAGACCCCAGCCAUCGUCUGCUUCGGGGACAAGCAGCGGUUCAUAGGCACCGCCGGCGCCGCGUCCUCUACCAUGAACCCUAAGAACUCAAUCUCUCAGAUCAAGCGAUUGCUGGGCCGUAAGUUCUCUGACCCCGAGCUGCAGAGUGAUCUCGCCUCCUUCCCUUUCCGUGUCACGGAGGGCCCCGACGAGUUUCCCCUGGUCCACGUGCGGUUCCUUGGCGAGGAGCGGACGUUCACCCCCACCCAGCUGCUUGCCAUGGUGCUGUCAAACUUAAAGGGCAUUGCUGAGGGAAACCUGAAGGCUGCUGUUGUUGACUGCUGCAUCGGCAUCCCUGUGUACUUCAGUGAUUUGCAGCGCAGGGCUGUUCUUGAUGCCGCCACUAUUGCAGGCCUCCGGCCAUUGCGGUUAUUCCAUGAGACAACUGCCACAGCGUUGGCUUAUGGUAUUUACAAGACUGAUCUCCCAGAGCAUGACCAGCUCAACGUCGCAUUUGUUGAUGUCGGUCAUGCUAGCAUGCAGGUCAGCAUUGUCGGUUACAAGAAGGGACAGCUCAAGAUGCUGUCGCAUGCAUAUGACCGUUCACUUGGUGGGAGGGACUUUGAUGAGGCCCUCUUUAAGCACUUUGCGGCCAAGUUCAAAGAGGAGUAUAAGAUUGAUGUGUACCAGAAUGCCCGCGCAUGCCUUAGGUUGCGUGUAGCGUGUGAGAAGCUGAAGAAGGUGCUCAGUGCCAACCCUGAGGCUCCACUGAAUAUAGAAUGCUUGAUGGAUGAGAAGGAUGUGCGGGGGUUCAUUAAGAGGGAGGAGUUUGAACAGAUUAGUGCCCCAGUGCUGGAACGUGUGAAGGGGCCAUUGGAGAAGGCACUGGCUGAAGCUGGCUUGACGACAGAAAAUGUGCACUUUGUUGAAGUUGUCGGAUCUGGUUCUCGUGUUCCAGCCAUAAUCAAGAUAAUUACAGAAUUUUUUGGGAAGGAGCCAAGGAGGACCAUGAAUGCUAGUGAGUGUGUUGCGCGAGGAUGUGCUCUUCAGUGUGCUAUUCUCAGCCCCACUUUCAAAGUGCGGGAGUUCCAGGCUAAUGAUGGGUUUCCUUUCUCAAUUGCAUUGUCAUGGAAGCCAGACUCCCAGAACAGUGCACCCCAGCGUACCGUUGUAUUCCCAAAGGGGAAUGCUAUUCCUAGUGUUAAAGCUCUGACCUUCUAUAGAUCAAGUACAUUUGAAGUUGAUGUUUUGUAUGUUGACACGGGUGACUCACAAAUUCCACAAAAAAUAAGCACUUACACAAUUGGCCCUUUCCAACCCUCCAAAGGUGAGAAGGCCAAACUGAAAGUUAAAGUUCGUCUCAACAUCCAUGGGAUCGUCACAGUUGAUUCAGCAAUGAUGCUGGAGGAGGAGGAUGUUGAAGUUCCAGUUUCAUCUGUGAAUGAAGCUCCGAAGGAUGCUACAAAGAUGGACACAGAUGAUGCACCAACUGAUCCUUCUUCUGGAACGGAUGUGAAUAUGCAGGUGCCUAAAAGUUCUGAUACCGCUGAGGGUGCUACUGCAGCAGAGAAUGGAGCACAAGAUCCUGAGGAAAAAUCUGUCCCAAUGGAAACUGAUGCAAAGGUUGAUCCAUCGAAAAAGAAAGUUAAGAAAACUGCUGUUCCAGUCAAUGAGUUAGUCUAUGGUGCAUUGCCCGCCGCUGAACUGGAAAAAGCUGUAGAGAAGGAGUAUGAGAUGGCUCUUCAGGACAGAGUAAUGGAAGAAACCAAGGAGAAGAAAAAUGCUGUGGAGGCUUAUGUCUAUGACAUGCGUAACAAGCUCUACGACAAGUACAACGAUUUUGUCACACCAGAGGAGAAGGAAGGACUGCUUGCUAGGCUUCAGGAGGUUGAAGAUUGGUUGUACGAAGAUGGUGAGGAUGAGACAAAGGGGGUCUAUAUUGCUAAACUGGAAGAACUUAAAAAGAUUGGUGAUCCUAUUGAGGCACGGUACAAAGAGUGGACAGAGAGAGGUCCCGCUGUUGACCAACUGGUAUACUGCAUCAACAGUUUCAGAGAGGCUGCUUUGUCUAAUGACCAAAAGUUUGAGCACAUCGAUAUAUCGGAGAAACAAAAGGUCAUCAACGAGUGCUCUGAGGCAGAGAACUGGCUAAGAGAGAGAAAGCAACAGCAGGAUGCUCUACCAAAGUUUGCUAACCCUGUGCUUCUUGUAUCAGAUCUGAAGAAGAAAGCUGAAACACUUGACAGGUUCUGCAAACCUAUCAUGACAAAACCUAAGCCAGCUCCGAAGCCGCAGACUCCACCACCACAGACUCCGCCGCCGCAGCCUGAAACCCAAGCACCGGAGCCUCAAACACCAGAGCAGCAACAAAACGCUGCUGGUGCAGCUGGUGAGUCGGCAUGUGAGGGAGGUGCGCAGGAGGCUUCUGGGGAGCAAAUGGACACGGACAAGCCUGAGAAUUCUGCUGCCUCAGCAUAGUUGGGUUCAUCUUCUCUGUUAUCGAUUGAAUUCUCCUGUUGCUAUGUUCGGUAGGUGAUAAGUUAGGCGAAACUGAUGCUCUCCAUACUUUUUUGUGUUGGGGGUUGGGAGGUUGAGAGUAAGCUGUGUGUUUUGCCCAGUGUUGUUGCGAUCUGGAAUGGACUAAAAACCGAAUAGAGAUGUUCCAUGAUCGAAUUGUACCAUUGAAUCUCAUCAUCGAAUGCCAUGGUUGAUUCGGCCAAAGGUAGAGUUUUCCGGGAUGUUCGAUC